AUGUCUGAUCAUAACGCCUACCUCACCUACAAGAGGGACACUAGGUAUAUCCUCUGGUGGCUAUGUCACACGUCAAAUGCUAUCCUGCAAUCGAUCCCCAAGCAGAACCAAAACAAUGACGUCGAGAAUCGUGUCAACACCACUGGUCAGGUCACAACCAGGGAGCUUAUCCUCAUGGCGAAGAGGGUAGCAUCCCGACUCUCACAAGCACAAAUUCCUUCUACGAUUUUUCGACUAUUUCGCUCGAUCAUAUCUGCACGAUCUUCAGCGCACGCAGUGUUCGUGGAGAUGGCAACAAACCAAAAAGAUGAGGGAAUGGGCAAAAGCAACGAGACCCACAAGUAUUUCAUCGACCGCCUGAUUGAGGCUUUCGAGGUUCUUGGAGGUGCUCAAUGGGCUACUAAGCAAGACAUUGGAACGGAGAAAGCCCAGACGAGCAAAGAGAUUGAGGAGGUCAUUUUCUCCAACGCUUUCUCAGCUCUCGAAAUCUAUCAUUGCGGCGAUGCGAGUGAUGAGGAGGCUGACUCAGAGACGUUGCCGGCUACAAAGCCUUCUAAAAAGCCCGUCAAGGCUAUACGCAACCAGAGAUCGAAGCAAAAGAAGGAUAAAGAGGUGCCGUUGGAAAAUUACUGUCUCAUUGAUGGCCCUGAAGGUAUUCUUGCUGACUACAGAAUGGCCUUGGUAUCUAUAUUCGUCGAAUGGUGGAAGUUACGCAACUAUGUUCAAACGAUGUGGUUUAGCGUCGCCUACGAUGAUGUCAAUCAUGCGGUCGCUGGAGCAGUGUCUGAGAUGGCGAUUAUGAUGAUCAAGAAAACAGCAUUGGCUGUCUUCGUCGAGUUUCCAGCAGGCUUUGACACAUACCAAGCUAUGACUCGUGACUUCAGUCACGACGAACUUCAGGAUAUGCUUUCAGACUUCCCUGUGUGCGGAGAGAUUCUUUCUUUGCAUGUCUACCAAGAUCUUCUCGAGUUCCUAGGAGACUUCCAAAAGAAUCGUACCGGCAAACCGACAAAACGUAUGCAGUCAAGGCUCUCAUCCUGGGAUCCAAGUUUCGACCUACAACAAGCUACCCUGGCAGAGAGGAUAGAGUGGCGUCGGUCAUACACCAUCAAUUGGCUCUACGAUCUAGUCAAUGUCUUUUCGUACAUCGUGAUCCAAGAGAACAAGAUAUCGACUAAGACGCGGCCGCUCGAGACGAUCGAUUGGCACGUGAAGACCCCGUACCACAGACCACGCAAGUUGUAUGGUUUGGAAACCUUCGCAGAACUCAUCACCACGUUAGCAAUGCAGAAGUCAGGGACAAAUGUUCAGUCUAAAAUUUUGCCCCAUCAUGUCUUCCAACUGCAAUGUAUCGUGGAUUCUUUCACAGCAUUGCGUGGCUGGGGCCCUGGCAUCCAAAGAGGCUAUGCCAACUUCACCAAAGAACCACCAGGAAAAGUCUCGCCCACAGAUUGUCUGAAGCUCUUCCUAGGCACUCAUGAGAGCGGAUUCUUGUCAGGUGCCGAGGCUCUCUCAAGGCGUCUCAAAGAGUACCAGCGCACUUCUAGUGACCAACUUGCAAGCUACCGCAUUGCCUGGAUGCUACUUGAUCGAUUCAGGGUACAGUUCAGCAGUUGGCUGGGCAAAUCAGAUGGCGCUUUCACAAGCGAAAUCCCGUCACGAUUAUCUAACCAUACACCGAAUGGACUCUGGGAGUACAGUCCAUUCCUCUGCGGUGUCGGUUUGGUUGAAGCACUCGAAACAUCAUAUCGCUUAGGCAUGCUUUGCUGGGACACGAUCCUAGAACCGGUUAUAAUGCUUCGAUUCAAAGAGCCACUGGUCCAGAAAGGCUACAUGACGGAACCCGAUGAAGUGAUUUCGUUCUUGGCAACAUAUUGUGCGCCUCAUGGACCCCAUUUCUCUGAGCUCUCAAAGCGUGAAAAGACUGAGUCCGACGCCCGCAGAAUGGAGAGGGCCAAGAGGUAUAAGCACCAUGACCCUGAGAAGGUUAUCGGAGCACAUCAAGAUAUGCGGGACGCACUGAGCUUAGACGGCAACGCUAUCUUUCGACGCAAAUCUCAACUUCUGGUCUACCACGAAUCCGAUUGGGACCCA